CUAUUGAUAUGUUCAUGCAUUUAAAAUUUACUGGAAAAAUCAAAAGUCUGCUAAAAUAAAUAGAAAAAAAUUAUACAAUUAGAGAUUUUUUUGUGUGUAUACUUGAAGUUUUGGAAGAAGUGUUCAGAAACUUUCCUUACAUAAAUUAUCAAAAGUACUUUUUCUUCAUAAAAGUGUUCCUUGACAGUUUUAUGCUAUUAUAUAGGAUGUUUUUGGAUUAUUAUUACUGCAGCAUUGAUGUGUAUGUUGCAGUUCUACUACUGUUUACACUUCACAUCAUUUGAACUACUUUUUGUAGCGUCAUUGCUCUGUGAGAACUACACGUCUCUUCUUAGGGCUCUGAUCUUGACAUUUGCCCAUUUUUCAGCUAAUUCAAGAGUAUUAUUAAAUAUAACUUGAGACGUGGGGCAAUUUCUUACACCAUAAAUGAACACAUAAUCCUUUAUUUCAUCAUGAACGUUCAGAACUACCACAUAUGGAGAUAUGUUGUUCUCACUGUAAAGGAAUGGCGCAGAAAAGAGUCAGCUGAAAGUAACUAGUGACUAAAUCCGUCAGAGAAAUGUAGUGGAGUAAAAAGUGUAAUAUUUGGCUAUAAAGUGUGGCAGAGUAGAAUUGUAUAGUGGCAUUAAAAGAAAAUAGUCACAGUACAAGUACCUUAAGUUUUUGCUGAACUACACCAUGUCCCAAAAGUUUGUUCUCCCCACUGGACAACAUGUUUGAUUGUCACCAAAAUGGGUUACACCUGGUCAAUCAGGUACCGUUUGGUUGCUUGUCUGGUCAAACUGUCAGGUCCCAGUUCAUAAAUUUCUUGCCUGAACAAACUGCAUUACACUCACAACCAAAUUUUGGGCGUGUUCUUACCAUGGCCAAGAGUAAAGGUGGAAAAGCUACUCUUUCAGAGUCUGAGAUUCGUGCACAGGCCAUUGCUCUGAAAUGCAGGAAAAACUCGUCAGCAGGAAGCUCUAGCACUUGGCUGAAGUAUCCACUGGGUGCAGAAGUGGUGGCAAAGGUACAACAAAGAAGGAUCCUUCAAAGACUUGCCUCGCUUAGGACGCCCAUCUGGAGUAACUGCAAUAGUCAAGGAUCUGAUGACAAAGGCCAAGGGUAAAAGACACCAGUCAUGCCGGUGACUCAGUCAGAGGCUGAAAAAUCUUGGAGAAGAUGUUUCUAAGAGCACUGUGCAUCGUUAUUUAACAGAAACAUUGGGGCUGAAAGCUUUCAAGAGGCAACAUACCCCGUGACUCGCCAAACUGCAAAAGGAGAAGAGACUGGCUUUCACAAGGAAGUACAUAGCUCUGACUCCAAAAGACUGGAAGAACUGGAUCUUCUCUGAUGAAUGUCCUCUCUACUUAUUUCCAACACCCAACAGCCAAAACAACCAUAUCUGUUCAGAUGAUGGUAUAAAAAAGUACCAUCUUCUGAGCAAGUGAAAUUCAGUGCCCACAGCAUGAUUUAGGGGUUUAUGUCCAGUUCCGGUGUCUCGGAGGUGGACAUUGUGCCUCAAGGUAAGACUGUUAAUGCACAAUAUUAGACCAGCAACAUUCUAGAAAAGGUACUACUUCCAAUUUUGUCCAGGAGAAAAAAAUCGGGGCCUGUGUCUGAAUAGAAAAUAUUUAACAGACACUCUGAAUUGGUAUGCAAGAUGGUGCCCCAAUGACUCAGCAAUGGUGUUGUGAGCAUGUACCUGGCUGUGUGAGAUGGAGAAACUUGAGAGCCUAAACCGAUUUUCACAAUUAAAACACUGCACUUAAUACUGCCAAAACCUGAAAUGUGCAAUAUCAAAUGUCUUGUAUGUGUGGUACGUUUUCUUUUUCUUUUUAGAACCUUUUCUUCUAUUUUUCAGAGAAUGUUUUUAUAGUUAGCCUAGAAGCAUUUUUCUUUUCUUCAUUCAUUUUUUUCAUCUAUUUUUAUUUUCUUAAUAUCAAUGUGGCUGAUUCACAUUAGUAUUUAUCUUGAUGACUUUUUUGUCCUAGGAACCCAAUCCUAACCGAAUUGUGCAAUAGUUAAAUCAAAUCAAAUAACAUGCUUGUUGAGGAACUCUUAGAUUGUUGUUGUUGUCAAAUGAGCAUUUAGAGAAAGGAAAUAAAAGUUACCACAUCUGAGAUGGACGUCCCACACCACUGACAGCAGUGUGACUCAGACCAGAGCCUUCUACUCAAAAAGCUAAUUGUUCUUCGUCAGCCACAUGAUUGAAACGCAUGGUGACGAUUUCAAGGUUUUACGGCUCACAUUUGCAUGCUCUGAAUAGCAGAGGCCAGAAGGAGCCACAUCUCCCCCGAUUUCCAUCCACUCUGCUCUCAGGAUUAACUGUAUUUCUACUAGAGGUCCUCCAGUCAUCUCCAGUCAGAGGACCAGCAGAUAUGGGCAGAAAGCAUGUUGCGUGUAUCUUGGUGUUUCUCCUCCUGAUUCUGCCGGGUGUGGCAGUGACCACAGACCCUCUGACAGACUUAGAAAACAUCGCUGGAAAGCUGGUUUUCUACCAAAUGGACGGUAAUGCCACCUAUGUGAGAGACUCGGGAGAGCUGGCAUCAGAUAUUCCCACAGAGACCAUGUUUGAACUCUUUGAUCCCCAGAAGAAUUACAGCUCAGCAAAGCUCACCUACACCUGGGACUUAGGGAAUGGGGAAGUGAUCCAAGGCACUGAGCCGGUUGUCCGCUAUCAUUAUUCAACAUCAGGAAACUACACACUGAGGCUCAAAGUAGGAGUGGAUGUGACCAAAUAUGCACCUGCAAUCACUGGAGUCUACUCCAUGGAUGUCCAAGUGCUUGAUGCCAUCAAACACAUCGAACUGAGGGGGCCGUCAGAUUAUGAGGUGUCUCAGAACACCAGUCUGGCUUUUCAUGUCGAUGGAAGUCCCCCUAUGUGGGUUUGCUGGCGUUUCCUCCCAAACUGUGAGCCGGACCCGAUGGGUGGCUGCACCCUGACCAUGCUCUAUGAAAACACCCUGAGACUGAACCACACCUUCACCUCCACUGGCGUCCACUGUCUGGACAUCAGCGUCCGCAACGACAUCAGCAAGCUGCAGUCGUCCUUCAGCCUCUAUGUCAGGAGAAGCAAUAACCCCCACAAGUUGUUCAUCCUGUCAUGUGCUGCCAUCCUUGUCGCCACUUUCUCCUUCAUCACGGUGAUCGCCUGCCGUCCUCUACAUCACAGCAGAUCACAGAUUGCUGCUUCCAGUAACGCUGUAUUUCUGAAGAAUCAGGACUCUGAUGGUCAAAGCGCCAUUCGUUUGAACUUCUCCAGUGUGGAAAGAGGGGAGAAAGAGCCACUUCUCUCGCAACAUGGGACCCAAUACUGCUCUUAACCAUCACACUGCUCCUCUGUCUGCUUGACUUUGGUGGUUACAUGUACGUAUGUGAAAGAGUUAAAGUGAUCACUUUGUGUAUCUUUCAUAUCCUGUUAUGGAUACAUAUAUAGCUGUUCUGUGUAUGAUCAGUAUAUAACCUGUACGUAUCUGGGAGUAUGUUCUAAGCUGGAUUAAAUAGUGGUUUUUGCUAAUGUUCAGUAAGCUAAUAGGUAAUGAUGUGAUCAAUUAAUGAGUCACAGAGCUUCAAGUGACAUUCAAGUGAACUCAUAAUAAAUUAAUAUGCUCAAGUGCAGGUUAUGUUUAAACAAUGAGUGUUAAUUUAAGCAUGCUGUUAAUGGACCGGACCACUCAUUUAUUUAUGUUUUUUUUCAUAUUGAUGUUAUGAAUUUGGGUCUUGCUUUGCUGUUGCUUUCCAGAAACAGAAUAAAACAUGUUUCCUUUUUACAACCUUUAACAUGGAGUGUUAAAUAUAUAUGAAUUUAAUAGCUGUGUCUGAUCUGAUUUAUGCAGCGAGUGAAGAUUUGAACUCCAGAUUCCACAGGAUUGAAUUCUUGAAUGGUUGAUGUAGGCAUGUUGGCUGGUACAUUACCACGCUCACAAGCGUACCACAACUGUUGCUAUCACUUGUACUACAACUGCAUAGACUAUUAAAACGGGAGGGGGGUUGUUGGACAGCUGGAAUGUCAGGGGGAAAGAUGGAUGUGUGCUGGAGGAGGUUGAUGAUGAUCAGCCUGUUAAACUGAGGCACAGCAGUUAAUACAAGGAGGGAAGAAAAACUGGAUCAACUUUCAAGCGUAAGUGAGAAAAGAGCAGGGCAAAGUCAUACUUUCAGACACUCAUUAUAUGUAACAUCUCAGAUUUGAAUCAAUUAUAAAUUGCAUAAAACUGCAAAAACAAUCAAAAUUUUCUUUUCUUUUUUCUUUCUUUUUAUUUAGUUGUUGUCUAGUCCAGUUGCUUUGUGAGGAUGUACUUUGGCACAGCUGUGUUUACAACUAAAAGCUAAUGCUAGCAUGCUACCAUGCUCAAGCCAUGUCAGAUUUAUUUAUUAAAAGCCUGAAAUCACAAAUUGCAAAUUUGCCUCGGGGGGGUUCAAUCUUUACAGCAGAGAUGUUCAGUUUUACCGAGGGGCUACUUUUCAUUUUGCAAAAUGACAAUAGGCCAGGGGCCAUCUGACAAGCAAAUCAUAAAACUUAUCACACAAAAUGAGGAAACAACAAAAUAACCCAUAACUCACCUUUUUUGAAAUAAUUUAUUUUCAAAUGAACAGCCAAAGGCCAUUACAGAGCAUUUCUAUAAACAAAGAUAAAAAAAAAAAGGCCUGCUGGAAUUAAUUGAUUUAAAAUGUAACCCAGCACCCUAUUGCAGAGAUGAGCCUCACUGCUUUCCAGCAUUCAACACCAGUUAUCCUGACACAUUUCAUUUAUAUAAGGACAAACUCACCUCUUUAACAGGUGAAGACCUCGAGAAAAACAGAGGAAGGAUCCCUCUUCCACGACAGGGAGAUAUUCAGUCGCACUUCUUUAACGUAAAUGGAUCUUUUUUCACAGCAGACAUUCUGACUUAUAGCAGACUGUGUUUGCAGUCCUGCUGUUCUGCAGUGAAGCUCACUAACAAGGCUUAGUGAGAUGCCACAAUGGAACGAAGCCAUUGCUAAUGUCAUUAGUAAGAUCGGUGCUUAAACCUGGAGUAUGUGAUUUAUGCAAGAUGCAGUUUUUGAUAUAUUUCUCGAAAGCCUCUUUGCAUCCUGAUAGCCAUUAAAAAAGCAAGUGCUCUGAUAAUAAAAAUAAAAAGAUCUGUCAACUGUGACUGUAAAGAGGCCUUUCAAUUAGUGCGUACAGUGUGUGGUCUAACUGCCUGUUUAACUACUCACUCACCCACCUGCAUGUACUCUGCCUACACACUCAAUCUGACUUGUGUCUUCCACAAGGUUAUAGGCGGACACAUUGCUAGAACUCACACUGCACACAGAGAGCAUCUGUAUUUUACAGUUGCACCUAAAGCUAGAACAAAAUAUGCUAAACAUGGCAGUUGAUGCCAUCUAUUUGUUUAUUUAAGUGGCUUUUAGUGCUGAUAGCAGUUUUCCUUCAGUUUCAUUUGGAUAAGUUUACAUGUAUCUGUGUCCAGUAGAUGUUCACUACUUGUCUGCGUUGUAGCCUGGUUAUGACCAAGUGUCAUUUGGUAGUAUUUAUCCUUUAUUAGUACAUAUCGGCUCUGGGUAACUGUGAUAGACAAAGAGGGGUUUCUUGGGGUUUAUUUAAUGCCCUGAGAGGGACUUUAAUUGUAAUUUCAGUCUGAAAGUAGUAGAGCUAUGUCACCGGCGUGGCUAAAAAGUUUGCAAAACCAAGACAAACUUUACCUGAAUUACGUAAAUUGAGUCUGCAAUUGAUGAAAGAUGCAAAUUAUAAUAGAAGCAUUGUCAUUUGGCACAAAGCAAAAUACACUGAUUAUUCAAAAAGAAAACAUCAGGGUGUCAUAAAAUGUAGCUAAACAUUUGGGAUGACUUACAUAACACAAAACAAUAUGAUUGAAUCUUUUCCAACUGCGCUGACGUCAAUCAGAUUAUUUUUAUGCUAUUCAGUACCUUGUUGGUGUUUAAUGGCAGCUUGUCCUCUGUUAGAAACGUCGUGACAUUAUUAAUCGCGAGUCUCUUGAUGAAUACCAGCUGCCAAUGACACUGUUGGAGGCUGCAGGUGCUAAGAGGAAUGUCACUUCCGUCAGAGGAUCGACCUUGAGCUGAAACAUUGCUGUGGUUAAAGUGUGCAGCUGUUCAGUUUUUAGGAGAAAAAAAACAGCUCAUGAAGUUCGCUUUUAACUCUGUUGUAUUCCCUUAAAUCUGCCAAAGCUUUGUGAAUGUUUGGGGGUGAAUUAGUGGUUGGGGACUCUCUCUAUUCUGUGAAUGAAAAUGAAAAUAAAUGAAUCAUAUCACAUCAUAGCAGGCAGGUGUUAAAAUUAAAAUCAAACACAUGUGGGGUCUUUGAUGUGCUGCUGAUGUGUCCAUUUGUGUUUUUCUGGGUUUCUGUUUGAGUAAAAACAUGGUCUUUGGUGUAAAAGUUGAAAAGUAAUCCCAUCUAUGAAUACGUUUAAGCACAACUCAUGUGAAUCAUGUAACCAAGAAUGUAUUUUAAGACUGUUGUGUUUCUUUUGCUGUACUGAAGACUUCCCAGCUGUGUAGCUAAAACAACAUCUGUGGGCUUUCUAAUGAAAAUGUGUUGCCUUAAAUAAUUAGCUAUAAUCAUGUUGUUUAAAGAAGUAAUAACAGUUUUUUCCCCCUGAAACAAGCUGUGAAUAAGUCUAUUAUCACCUUGUGAGGCUUAUGGUAACGUGUAUGUGUAACCAACAGUUGCCAGUUUAUAAAUCCAGCAGAUGCAGAGCAACAUAUGCUGUUUGUUUGAAGCUGUAUCUAGUCACCUAAUUAACUGAAGUCCUGUAUUCACUCUCCUUGUAGCUUUUCUCUCAUUUGUCAGCAUCUUGCUUUUGAUUCUUUUGCUGCUACAUGCUUGUUCAUCAGCUCGCCUCUGAUGUUUUUGUGCCUGUUGUUUGCUGCCGACACACCAUGAGAGCAGUGAAAGUGAAUCUUGUCAUUAUGUUGCAGGAAAGAAAAUAGCGAGCAGAAAAAUGCUAAAAUGCUGCAUGAACUGACGAGAAAUACAGAGGUGGAGGAAAAAUCUCUUAGGUUUGUCACAUAGACUGUACAUAAAAAAAAGAUAUAGGAUCUGAAAUGUGAAACUGAAACAAAAGGGCCUUAUACUUGCAGUGUUGCUACCAGUCAGCAGGGGGCGACUC